GUUUUACAACUCUACGUCUCUACGUACGCGGUAGUGUACGCCCACAAAACAAUCCCAAAAUUUUCACCGACAUUUCUCCUCCAUUUUCCCGCCCUUUCCUUGACAAAUUCCCGCUAUGGCUCUGUUUGCUUCCUGGAAACUGCAGCAAACACAGGAUCGAAGUGGAAAAUCCACUCCGAUUUUCUUCAAUUACUGCAGUUAUUCAAUUAUCGAGGAUUCAAAAGUGAAAAUUCGAUGAAUCAAGUGACUCGUUGGAGAUGGAGUUUUGCAGUGUUCCGUCCCUCGAGAACUUUCUUUUCGUCUUCUUCAUCUUUAUUACGAUCAGGGUGCACUGGGAAUCAGUUGCAAGUGCUGAAUGCCUAUACCCGUUCAACCAAGGGAAAUAUUCAGGCCACCAUUGAUUUAAAGCAUUGGGCAUUUCGUCCAUUUGUCAGAUGACAACCACUGGUUUCUGCAGGAUGAAAGUUGGAUUUAUUAUCUUGUGAGCCUAGGGAUAUCCGCUAGGUUAUAGUUGAUAAAUUUGUUAGUAUAUCGUCUAACAUUUGUGAGGAAGAUCUAAUACCCUUCAAUCUUAAAUAUGUUAGGGACCUAAAUGCAAGACUAAACAAUACUUGGAUCUUUAUUGAAAUACUCAUCGUCUAAAAGUUAACAGGAGAUGUAAUGAAAAUUGAUGAGAGUGCUGGUCAAAUCAUGAUGACCACCAAAGGUUUAGGUUCCUGGGUGUUAGAUGGCCACAUCACGUGAGCUCUUAAGUUUAUUGCAGCCGAAACUUCAAGACAUUCCAGAAAUAGUUAGUUUCUUUCAAAAAUCUAGGUUGAUUUUUGAACCCUAGACAUUCCACAUGGUUUCUUUUUCUCUUUUUGAUGCCAGUGAUCCAAGAAUCCCUUUUCAUUUGCUUAUCAGUUAUCACAUGCAUCUCGAGGAAUUCUUCUACACCUCCAGAUUGUUCAAACAGUACAAGUGACGAGCUGGGUGACGUUGUCUUGACAAUUGAUCCUACACAGCUGCACCAAACCCUCAAUUGCCAUGAUCAGUGUCCUUCAAUCAAAGAGUUUUGAUCUACUGAAUUCAAUGUAAACAAACUUUUAAAAAAAACAGCUAGUACAUACUUUUAUAAACCCCAAUUUUAGUUAUUUACCAUUAGCUUAAGAUAUGGUGGAUUGUGGCAUAUUCCAAUCAUGUAAAGAAAGAUGAAUCUAGGUUUUGAAAUCGGUGAGGAAAGGUAGAUGGGUUCGUCAAAUAAUUUCUUGGUGUUUGGGGCUUGGAAUUGCAAAUACACAACGAUGAGGAAAAGUCAACCCGACCCCUUUGGUGCACGUGUUGGUCUGACAUGAGAUGAUGGGAUUUAGUUUGUCGGGACAUGUAGGGAGUUUCCACUUAUCAGCUUAUACUUGCCAAUUCUGAACGUGGCAGGGACCCACCUCCUUUAACUGACACGUGUGUUGUUGAAUCAACUAUCAAGUUCCAGAAGUGAGAUUAAAAUAAAAAAAAUUUUAAUAAGGUUAUGGGGUGUGUAGAGGAAAGAUUUAAGAGGUGCAGAGAUUAGAGAAGAAAAGGUCGGAUGCAAAGAUAAGCUUUUGUAGACCCUCAUUUCUCCAAUACACAUUUCCACUUCCCUCCCAGUCUCCCACAACCUUCAUGCAGACUUACUACGGAGAGAUCUACUGUUCAAAUCUAUACAACUGAAAAUGAAGCUCUUUAGCUGGAUGCACAAUAAGCUAAAUGGCAAACCAGGCAUCACAAAGUCAAAUACAGUACCAGUGACUGGUGGUAUGAAGCCAGAGGCAAGAGAGGAAUUCAGUGACUGGCCUCAUGGAUUACUCGCAAUAGGAACUUUUGGUAACAAUGAAAUUAAAGAAAAAGUAGUGGAGGACUUGGGAAGCCAACAUCAUAUCCAGGAGGAGGAUCCAUCUUCUUUGGAUGAUCUGCAUGACUUCACUUCUGAAGAAGUUGGAAAACUGCAGAAAGAAUUGACCAAACUGUUGUCUCGAAAGCUGAAAUCUGACAUCGAGAAAGAAGUUACUGCGAACCUCCCAUUGGAUAGAUUUCUUAAUUGCCCUUCGAGUUUAGAGGUUGAUCGCAGGAUUCGUAAUGCGAUUUGCAGUGAUGCUGAAGAUAAAGAGGAAGAAAAUAUUGAAAGGACUAUUAGUGUCAUACUUGGUAGAUGCAGAGAUAUAAGUGCAGAUAAUAAGAAGAGAGCAAUCGGAAAGAAAUCGAUUUCUUUUCUUCUCAAGAAGAUGUUUGUUUGCAGAGGUGGAUUUGCAGCUCAACCCAGCUUGAGAGAUACAUUUCAAGAAUCAAGAAUGGAGAAGCUGCUGAGGACAUUGCUUCACAAGAAGAUCGAUUCUCAAAACUAUCCGUCGAUGAAGAAAUAUCUCGAAGACAAACCGUCACAGAAGAAGCAAAAUGAAGAAGAAAUACAAGAGAAAAACAAUGAGGAAUGUAAAUGGGUGAAGACGGAUUCUGAAUAUAUUGUUCUGGAGAUAUAAAUCAUCAGUUCGAUCGUGGAUUCGAGCUGGAAUUGGGAGUAAAUAAUCAUCAGUAAGUUAGAUUUUAUAUCCGGACAUGAUCAGUCCACAGACACCCCUGUGGUAGGGGGUCAUUUCUACCUUAAUCCAUUAUAUGCACAUAAGGAAAUGAAUUUGUUCUCUUCAUUGCAGAUAUUGUUCUGGAGAUAUAAAUAAUCAGUUCGAAUCAUGGAUUAGAGCUGGAAUUUGGAGUAAAUAAUCAUCAUCAGUCCACAGAAGAAACAUUUGAUCUUUACACACAAUUGUCUUUGUGUAUUUUUGUUGAUGGUGCUGUUGUCUCCCACCUUUUUCCAUGUGUUGUAUUGUGAAAGCAAUACAACACAUGUUACCUGAUCCAUCAAUUUAUAAGUUUGUGUAGUGGGAAAGCCAGACAUUCUACACAUUUUUUAUUAUAUUUAGUCAUGUAUUUCUAG